AUGCCUCGGGAGAUCAUAACACUGCAGCUCGGACAGUGUGGAAAUCAGAUUGGAUUUGAGUUCUGGAAGCAGCUGUGUGCCGAGCAUGGAAUCAGUCCUGAGGGUAUCGUGGAGGAGUUUGCCACUGAGGGCACGGACCGGAAAGAUGUAUUCUUUUAUCAGGCAGAUGACGAGCACUACAUUCCUCGAGCCGUCCUGCUGGACCUGGAGCCUCGAGUCAUCCACACCAUUCUGAACUCCCCAUACGCCAACCUGUACAACCCUGAGAACAUCUACCUCUCUGAGCAUGGCGGCGGGGCCGGAAACAACUGGGCUAGCGGCUUCUCCCAGGGUGAGAAAAUCCAUGAAGACAUCUUUGAUAUCAUUGACAGAGAGGCAGAUGGCAGUGACAGUCUGGAGGGUUUUGUACUGUGCCACUCCAUCGCUGGAGGAACAGGGUCUGGCCUGGGCUCGUACUUGUUGGAAAAAUUGAAUGACAGAUAUCCUAAGAAGCUGGUCCAGACAUACUCUGUGUUUCCUAAUCAGGAUGAAAUGAGUGAUGUGGUGGUGCAGCCCUACAACUCACUCCUUACCCUGAAGAGACUCACUCAGAACGCAGACUGUGUGGUGGUGUUGGAUAACACAGCGCUGAACAGAAUAGCUACAGACAGACUGCACAUCCAAAACCCUUCUUUCUCACAGAUUAACCAACUGGUCUCCACCAUCAUGUCUGCUAGCACAACAACGCUACGUUACCCUGGAUACAUGAACAACGAUCUGAUUGGGUUGAUUGCAUCCCUCAUCCCUACUCCUCGUCUCCACUUUCUCAUGACUGGUUAUACACCAUUGACCACUGACCAAUCAGUAGCAAGUGUGAGGAAGACUACGGUUCUGGACGUGAUGAGGAGGCUUCUGCAGCCGAAGAACGUCAUGGUGUCCACAGGCCGAGACCGCCAGACCAACCACUGUUACAUUGCCAUUCUGAACAUCAUUCAGGGAGAGGUGGAUCCUACACAGGUCCAUAAGAGCCUUCAGAGGAUUCGAGAAAGGAAAUUGGCCAGUUUUAUCCCAUGGGGUCCUGCCAGUAUCCAGGUGGCAUUGUCCCGCAGAUCUCCUUAUUUGCCGUCUGCCCACCGCGUCAGUGGCCUUAUGAUGGCCAAUCACACCAGCAUCUCCUCACUGUUCGAGAGGACGUGCCGUCAGUACGAUAAGCUGCGUAAGCGUGAGGCCUUCCUGGAGCAGUUCCGUAAGGAGGACAUGUUCAAAGACAACUUUGAUGAGUUGGACAACUCACGGGAGGUGGUGCAGCACCUGAUCGAUGAGUACAGCGCAGCUACACGGCCUGACUACAUCUCCUGGGGAACGCAGGAGCAGUGAAUCCACCCCCAACCAACAGACCAGCAUGUAGCACUGAGCAAGCCAGUGGGUUCUGGACUUGAAUUCUAAAGCUGAGAUGUGGUUUUGUCUCCUGCAGGUUAUUACACAUGAAAUGAGGUGUUGAACUUGCUCCUAAAAAGAGGCCCAUGUUUUCAAGACCCUCCAUUCAGUGAGUCAGCAUAGCCUCUGUUUCUUCUGUGCAGUAAAUUAGAAGUGUAUGGGGAGAUUACUGCAGUUCUACGUGUUUGGACCUUUAGCAUAAUAUAAUGUGUAUUCCUCAGUGUGCAGGCCUGUAUAUUAGGGCUGCAUGAUAUGGAUAAAAAGCACAUUGUAGUUAUAUUGCUUCAUAGUGCAGUUGUGAUAUGCUUUGCAGUACAUUAAACAUUUGAUGCAACACGUUGACCUGUGGCUUUAGAUGAAAAUUAAUUACAUUUGUGAACGUCUUGAUUUAUCCAUACACCCAAAGAACAUCUCUGAUUGGCCCGGAUGCUCAUAGCACCCCAUAAAAUGUAUAGUGAUUGGUUAGAGGCUCAUUUGCAUAUUGCCUUUGCAGUCUAAUUAGUUAGUAAUGCCUAACAGACGUUAUUGUGCAGCCCUAUUAUAUGAGUACUACAUAACUUGUAUGUGCCUAUAUGCUUUCUCAAAACGAUGUUUGAUGUAGUGAAGAUGCUUGUCAUUCUCUUGCUAUAUCUUGCUUGCUAUUUUCUCUCUGUAUCUCUCUCCCUCUCUUUCUCACACACACCAUAGCAGUGAUCAGAAAAGUAUGGAAGCCUGUUUUCACCACAAAAAAACAAUACUUUUCUUAAGAUCUCAAGUCAUAAUAUUGAGGUAGUGUUUCAUAACUGAGAAACUGUCAUUAUGAGAUACUAUGAGACUAAUGAGUAAUUCCUUAUGAGAAUUUUGAUAAUUCAGAUAUCUGAUUGUCUUCCUAUUUAACAGUUGAUAUUUAAAAAUUAUAAACUAAAUGUAAUUAUCAGUUGUGAUAUACUUUCAUAAUAAGAAGUAUCUCAUAAUGACAAACCAUCCCUCAAUUACACAGUACUGUUAAAAUGAUGAAUGACUCUUUUACAGCCAUCACUUAGAUGUAGUAUCUCAUAAUUGACUUGCGCUCUCAUAAUACCAUUUCUCAGUGCUGUCUCAUAAUUGUGAUUAUUAUGAAAUACUACUGAGAAUAGUAUCGUUUCUCCUGCUUAUGAGCUGCUGUAGUAUCUAAUAAAUACAAAUAAUAUUCUCUUAUUAUCUCAUGACUCCAUGAUCGAGAUACCAAGUGAUGGUUUUAUCACACUUUUACUGAGACUACUUGCGUUUGAGAUACUACUGAGAAACCACUGUUUUCAGGUAUCAUUUGAUUAUGAAAAUAUGAUUGAACUUCUAAGUGAUAGUAAUUCAUAGGUAUGAGAUCACUGAGCUUAUGUAGUUUCUUGUAAUUACAAGUUUCUGUGAGACACUUUCUCAAUGUUAUGAGAGAGUCAUAUAAUGUGAGUCAUAAUGAUGUUAACCUCAUUAUUGUGACUUAACAAAUGGCUCCCCGCUCCCCAAGUGGUGGAAAUGGGCUCCCAUAGAAACACAGUUCUAUUUUUAUAUUCUGCUCUUUUUGCCUCUGUGUACUUCAGGUUGACGCACACACACACCUACACACACACACUUCAGACUCCUACACACGUGUUUGCCUUCACGACCACACGCACAUUCUUUCCUGAGUAAGCAGAUAAGGCAGGGUGGUCUCUCUGUGGGGCGGCUGGCUGAAAGCUGCUCUGAAGGAGAGGUUUGGGGUGGGGGGUUGGUGGAAGGAUGGAAGGAGCGAUAAGCCUUUUUGGAAAGAAAUGGCAAAGACAAAAAAGAGUAGCUCAUGACUGCACUUUCUCAGUUUAACUGGCGCUCUGCUCUGCUUAUCGUAAGCACUCACUCAUGCUUCUCCAUGAAGCACAGCACUGGCUUUCAUUCAGGGGUUUUCAGAACGAUUGUGUUUUUUCACGUUUUAAUCUGUUAGUCACAGUUCUUUCCACACAAAUGUUUUAAACAAGGCGGCUCAUCACGCAGGGAAUCUUUCAGCAUACUGAUAAUCACACGCCAGAAAAGACACGGCCCUCUUUCUCGCUGGUAACUUUCAGCAGGCGAUCAGAAGCCUUUGGCUGAAUGUUGGACCUUGCUGUGUUCCUUCAAUCAGUUAUUAGUAUUCCCUAGACUGUGUGUCAUAACUUCUGCAAUGAAGGUAAACUAGGGGCAGCCUUUAACGGGACUUAUGGAUGAAGAGAGGCUGUUUUUCAACCCCAGUUCUUAAUAUAUCUUAAUAUAUAUUAUCGCUGUCGUAUCACAAAUUCAGAACUUUUUCUCCUGCUGUAUUUUACUUAUUUACAUCAUUGGAAAACAUUGGCUGUCCUCCAUUGUCUGCACGUUUCAUGAGUAAUGGACAAACAGAAAACCUCAAAUUGCUUAUUAGCUUUUUUUAAAUUAUUCAAAAGUUUAUAAUCAGUGUUAUCAGUAAUAUUAAUAGUUUGUUGCAGAUAUUAUAUGUAUAAAAUUAUUCUAGUAUCAUAACAUUGGGCCUCAUUCACCAACAUCCUUCUAUUUCUUUCUUAAAUGUGUUCUUGAGAAAGAUCCUAAGAAAAAGUCUCCUUCAGAUUCACAUGUUCAUAAAUCUCAGAAAUGUUCGUACUUUUGUAUACUGAAGUGUGUGUGAAGAUUCUGUUUUACCUAAGACAAAAUCCUAAAUAAAACAUUUGUGAAUGUCAGAACCCUCGUAAAAACUGCGUAAGUGGGUUUUAAGAUGAAAUUUCCUAAGAACAGUUCAUGAAUGUGGCCCAGUGUUCUGUUGGUUGGAAGCUGAAAAUGAACAUCACUGUUGGAGCAAAACCUUGCAUCAAAAAAGCAAUUUACAGGAGAAGGAAAACAUUCUUAUAGUACAAUGUUAAUAUAGCAAGAUUUUAUUGUAACAUAUUUUGGAGCAUUUCUGUUGGUCCGUUUGUCUUUUUAGAUGGUAGAACAGUAGCUGGCAUUUUCAAAUUAUAUACAAAUAAAUACAAACGAAAAUUAAGAUACAAGAGAUUUUUUUCAACAGCAACACUUAGUAAAGUUCUAAAUUAAAGUUCAAUAAAAUUAAAAUGCAAAUAAGUAGAUCAAUGAUAAAAUUAUUUUUAAAAAUAUUUUUCAAAUAUAUAUUUCAAAAAACGGUGACCAAGUCUUGCUGAUACUCAUUUUGGCUAAUUUCAUGACAAGAAAUAAUGACAAAUUUAAAGCAAAAUUAAAGUUGAUUAUUUAGUAACUCCCUCAGACCAUUUCAAAACGUCUUUUUCCUGAAAUACUUUGUGGAAAAAUCAUUGGCUUCAGUGUUAAGGUUUAGGUUAUGAUGUUCCAGUCUACACUGUAAAAGCUAUUAUUGGAAAACCAUUAUUAAUGGAACUCUUGUCAUUCUGAGCCUCUCUCCUGUUCUCUCUGUCCUCAUGGCUUUCUGUUCUGUACAGUGUGUGUGUGUGUGUGUGUGUGUGUGUGUGUGUGUGUGUGUGUGGUCAGAAAAUGCGGUGACUUGAAUAAAUGAUUUUCUAAAAGCA